AUGACCAGUUCAACACCUCCCAUCCCUACCCAAACAUGGACCAAAGAUGCAUACUUCAUCUCAACGGACUCCUCACUAAUCCCCCUCGAAACCCUCAACGACUGGUUCGCAUCAGACGACAUAUACUGGACCAACUCACUGCCGCUCGAUAUCCUGAAACAGUUGGUUGAGAACUCCAUGUGCUUCGGCCUCUACUACACGCCCGACCAGCCAGACAAGGCCGACGCAGAGCCCGAGUUCAUCGGCAUCGCCCGAUUCGUCACAGACUACACGACCUUUGUCUACAUCACCGACGUCUACGUGCUCUCCAGUCACCAGGGCAAGGGUCUUGGCAGCUGGCUUGUAGAGUGCAUGGGCGAGGUCAUCGAUGCGAUGCCGUAUCUGAGACGGAGUAUGUUGUUUACGAUGGACUGGGCGCGGUCGGUGCCGUUUUACAAGAAAAUCCUGGGGAUGAGCGUACAGGAGAGUAAGAAUGGAGAGGGGAUGGCUAUACUGAUGAAGAAGGGGAACGGAUAUCCGAAGUAUGACUAUGAAAAAGGAGUUUGA